AUGUAGAUUUGACAGUUGCACAAAAAAUAAGUGAAUCUAGAGAAAUUAAUAAUAUACAUAUUUCUAUGGAAGGAAUGCUUGAUGAUAACCAGAUUGUUAAAACAGUAUUGGCAGAACAAUUGGAACAUAAACAAAAUAACCCAGAUGAUUCUGAUAAAGAACUGCUAAAAAUUUUUACUACUGAAGGAUUAAAUAGAUUGAAAACUUUUAUUUUAUUUGCUAAACAAAUAAAUAAUGAUUUUUUUUAA